UGCGGCGCCAUUGCUCUCGACGUAUCCGCACGAACGUGACUGUGCCUGGUUUUCGCUUGUUUUGCCCUCAUCGAUCGUGAUAGAACAUCAUUACUGCGCAGUGUGAAAGAUAUAUAAAUAACGAGUUAUUGGAUAGCUGAACAAGGCAAUAGAGUUCACUACGAAAUGGGGGCGAGGUCCCGGGAGUUGAUUCUGCUCCUGGCAGUGUGCGCACUAGCACUCAGCGAGUCUGUCAGCAAGGUCGCAGACGGCAAGAAAAAAGAAGACGCCGACAAUUUCCUGUUCCAGUACGACGACCUCGACACGGCUGAUGACCAGGAAGUGCUCUACAAUGAGAACAGACCGUGCCCAAGGGACUGCAUCUGCACUGUAUCUCAAGGAUACAGAACAGCCAAGUGUGAUCGUCUUGAAAUCGGCACACAGAAGUUCGGUGACGACAUCACUGACCUUGUCAUCGAAAAUGCAGACCCGCGGUUCCCCAUUCAGCUGACAGACUUCAUCUUCAAGAAACUCGGUCUCCACCAGAUUACAACAGUAAAGAUCGUCAACAGCUCGAUCGAUGUUGUUGAACCUAAUGCAUUCCACGGCCUUCCGAACCUGUACGCAGUUAAUCUGUCUAACGAUAAGCUAAGGGUUCUACAUCCAGAAACAUUUGCACACAACAAAAAGUUAGUUCUGCUGACACUGGCGAAUAACCCUCUGAAAUUCCCAGCUGCGGAUUCUCAAGAUUACUUCUUAAAUACGUCAUCGAUUCAAGAGCUUGACAUUUCGUAUUGUAACAUGAAAUACAUCGCGGCUAACACGUUCACGAACAUGCCCGGUGUGAUGUACCUGAACCUCGCAGGUAACAAUUUGUCAAAUAUGGAUCCUAACACUUUCAAGAAACUCCUGGAUUUGGAAGAACUCGACCUUAGCGACAAUGACAUCAAAUCGUUGCCCGACGAUAUCUUCUCAGAAAACAACGAACUCGCUACUCUUCACAUCUCAAGGAACCCUGUAGACACCGUGUACGGACUACAAAUCUCAGACUUGCUCACUCUCAACGCUGGGCAGACUAAGAUUAGAUUUGUAGGGCCCUCUAUGUUCAAUGGUAUGACUUACAUUGCCAAUCUUAACCUUAGCGGUAACAGCAUUGAGAAAAUCCACAACCAAGCAUUCCAUAAACUCGUAGAACUGAACUACCUUGACCUCUCCUAUAACAACCUGGACUUCGUCUCCAACAUUCUCAUUAAAGAAAAUAUUGAAUUAGACAUCUUCAAAAUUUCAAACAAUCCCAAGUUGAAACACUUGCCCGCUGAAGGAUUUGAGUGCUCUGUAGAUCAAUUCAACAUUUACUUGUUCGAUGCUUCCCACUGUGGCCUGCAGGAGAUUUACGAUAACUCUCUAAGGACAUUCUCAGCUUUAUCUGUGGUAAACCUGUCUAAUAACGAAAUCAAGUCUAUCGGAACUAAAGUUUUCACAAUGUGCCCCAAACUCGUUGAGAUUAACCUUUCCUACAAUCAACUCACAACAUUGGACCCAAAAGUGUUUGAGAAAAACAAUGAACUAGGCAAACUGUACCUCCAAGGAAACCCACUGAAAGUACUGAACGCCGAAGUAUUUGUUCAUACGCCAAUGAUUACCUAUCUGGACAUGAGCCACGCUGAGCUGACCUCAUUAUGGAAAGCAGACAAGAACCGCUCACCCACGCUUUUGAGCAAUUUAACAUUCCUUAAUGUUUCACACAAUCGUAUUACCGAGAUCAAGCAGACUGAACUUGACCACUUAAACAAACUUAACGCUCUCGAUAUUAGUAACAACCCACUUGCUUGCAGCCAUGACUUUGAGAACCUCAUGACUUGGUUGAGCAACCGUAAAGUGUCUCCUAACGCGAGCGGAAGCGCUAGCAUCGCUAACUUAGCAAAAGACGGUAAAGACGAGGACGUUGGCGAAUACAGCUGGGAGUUCCUUACUCGCAAGACUUGUGGCUCUGCCGCCGUUGUGCACCCAGUGGAACCUUUGCCCGCUGUUUCUGAUGAAGAGAUCUGGGAGAGAAUUGAUACCGAUAAGGAGGGCAAUUUCGAUUUGAAAAACACAUUAGAUGACAGUAAAACUCCAAAGGAUAUGUUCUUGGACGAUAUGAUUGAUGAUGAAGCCAAGGAUGAUGAAGAUGACGAGGACUCUGCAGAUGACGAUGAUGAAGAUGAGGACGAGGACGAUGCGGGCGAGGACUACGACGGCGAAGACGAUGACGUUGAACUCAAAGUGAAACUGCUUGAUAAGACCUCACCAAAGCCUGCCGUCUCAAGCCCAGUACCAAUAUCCAGCACAGCCGCAUCUGUUACCGAUGACGUACAAAUCAAUAUCCAAUUACUUGAAAAUGAAACUAGUGAAGAAGAUGCCUCAAAUACUUUGUAUUUGCAAGCGUCCACUCAAGAUGAGGAGGAACACAGCCACUACGCGUACUUGUGGCCGAUUUCAAUCGCCAUUCUGGGCGCGCUGCUGCUGCUCAUUGUUAUUGCCAAGGUCGUGAUGAUGGUAUGCACUAAGAGGACACAGCCUAUUAGAUAUAACAGUGCUCUCAUCGCAGCUAUGAACCAGGCUGGACGCACAAAGAAAGACUGCGGGCUAGUGUACCAGCAGUUGACAGAGGACCUGGUGGGCCCCACAACACCCAAGCUGAGCCGCUACACGCCGCUGCACAGCGUGACGGUGAACGCGUCUAACAUGUCCUACGAGAGUAGUCCAUUCCACCACAGCAACAUCGUGCCAGAGGCCGUCUGAGGCACAUUGAACAAAAACGUACAUGUCAGAGUUUAAACUCUUUAAGUACUAACAACUGCGUUAACUCUUACAUAAGCAGUAAGUGAUAGUUGUAAGCGCUAGUCACAGCCGAAUACAUAUCUAACAAACAUUUCUUAGUACAGUGCCUUUACGAUCACUCUCGAACAAUCGCGACAAUGUUUUCAAUCUAGCGCUUUCAGAAUAUUAAAGUAACAAAUGAAGUCAAAUUACAAAUUAAUUUAAGAUUAUACAUAUUAUAUAUUAUACAAAUUAGUUGAUAGGUUUAUUUUAUGUACUUAAAAUUAUUAAAAAUUAAACACUAAUUGUUGUUUUUGUUAUCC